UCCACGCCUCCGCAUCAUGGCUUCUAACUCUCACCUCUUCCCUCCUCCCACCUCCGCUCAUCUUCUCUCACCUCCAGUAUCCCAUUCUCGUCUCCGUUCCCUCACGUCAUGGCCCUCGCCUCCGCCUCUCCGCUCGCGACUGCAGCACCCAGAACGCUCUCUCCCUCUCGCGUGCGGCGUCAUGCGUGGCCUCCCUCGACUCUCAUCGUCUGCAGCAGCUCCGAACCCAAGAAGUGGCGAGCGGUCGUCCCGACAGCGCUAGCCGCUGCUAUCGUGAGCUUCGGUGGCAUCGGACCCAUGACGGCGAUGGCCGACCUCAAUAAGUACGAAGCGAAUGUACGGGGCGAGUUCGGCAUAGGUUCCGCUGCUCAAUUUGGUUCCGCGGAUCUCAAGAAAGCCGUACAUGUCAACGAAAAUUUCAGAAGGGCUAACUUCACUGCUGCUGAUAUGAGAGAAUCUGAUUUUAGUGGUUCAACAUUCAAUGGUGCUUAUCUUGAAAAGGCAGUCGCUUAUAAAGCAAAUUUUUCAGGUGCUGAUUUGAGUGAUACUUUAAUGGAUCGCAUGGUUCUCAAUGAAGCUAAUCUCACAAAUGCUGUUCUCGUUAGAUCAGUUCUCACACGAAGUGAUCUUGGUGGUGCAGUCAUUGAAGGUGCUGACUUCAGUGAUGCUGUUCUGGACCUACCUCAAAAACAGGCAUUGUGCAAGUACGCAAGUGGUACCAAUCCGAUGACUGGAGUGAGCACAAGAAAAAGUCUAGGAUGUGGGAACAGUCGAAGAAGCGCCUAUGGAAGCCCUUCUUCCCCUCUCCUGAGUGCCCCACCUCCAAAACUACUGGACCGUGAUGGGUUCUGUGAUGAAUCAACCAGACUUUGUGAUGCAAACUGAGUGAAGAUUUAUCCUUGAAAAUGGAGCAGAUGUUGUACACAACAGUUAGGUGGAAAGGAAAUUAAGAGUUGAAAAGUAAAUCUACAAAGGUCAUUUUUUAUAUGAACGGUCGGUUGGUUCUUGGUUCCGGAUAUCAAAUUUAAUUUCUGUCAACGAGAUGGUACUCUUUACAGGAAGAUAAAGAAAUUUUGACCUCGUAAGAUA